UGAGAACAGAUUGUCACACCUGUUGGGCAGCAGCCAUGAUUCGAGGCAGUGCUCUUGCUCUAGCUCUAGUUCUUGUCCAGAUUGUAUCUGGACUCGAGGUGCUGAAAAACCCAGGGUUUGAGAGUUCAGAUCUGUCAGACAACUGGAAUGGAUGGGGUUUCAACAUUGUGAGCAUCACUGAUGAUGUUCAUGGUGGGACUCGUGCUGUCAAAGUCUCCGGAAGAACAAAGACGUACCAAGGUCCUGCUCAGAAUGUCCAGCUGCAGCCGGGUGGCCGCUAUUCCUAUACCUCCAGUGUUAAACAGCUGAAUGACCACACAGGAACGUUGUUCCAGACCAUCAAGAUCACCAUUGCAUAUACAUGGGCUGAUGACGGUAAAACGGAUUAUUACGACAUCGCUCAACACCCAUUUGUUCAGUCUGCCAAUGGAUGGUUCAGCCUAGACGGGGAUUUCACCGCUCCUUUGAAAAACUUCAGCAAGGCGAACCUGUACUUCCAAGGCCCCGAUGCAGGAAUCGACUUCAUCGUUGACGACGCUUCUCUCCUGACGGUGGACGAGGACAUGAGUUGGAAGGCCGAGGCUGAUGCCAGAAUACAGAAGAUUAGGAAAAACAACAUCAAUGUUCAAGUGACACAUUCAUCUUCAUUCAACCCAGCUGAUAUUGAAAUUAAGAUUGACCACAAAAGACAUCUCUUUGGAUUUGGGUCAGUGAUAAACGAGGACUAUAUGACCGACCCUGGUUACAAACAAUAUCAAAACUUUGUGUAUGACAUGUUUAACUGGGCGACAGCAGGGUCCUUCAAGUGGAAGUAUAACAGAGGCACCAAGGACCAUCCUGACUACACAACUGCUACAAAUGGUGUGAAGGUGCUUAAACAACAUGGCAUGAAGGUUCGAGGACACAAUAUGUUCUGGGGGGUUCCAGGGAGCUCGCCUAGCUGGGUUGAAGCCUUAAACGGUCCGAUGCUGAAAACAGCCAUUGCAGACAGAGUCAAAUUUAUGACUGGCAUCACAAAGGGGAUACUGGAUCAUUGGGACGUGAACAACGAACUUCUCCAUGGCCAGUUAUAUGAGGAGAAAACAGGCGAUCCCCGGUACUCUGAGAAGAUCUACGAUAUGGUACACAAGGCUGAUCCGGUGCCCACGCUCUUUCUCAACGACUACGAUGUCGUCGCAGUGGGAGCCGUCACUGAUGCUUACGUCGAUCAGGCUAAAGAGUUCAAAAAGGCCAAUGUUGGCCUGGGAGGUCUUGGUCUACAGAGUCACUUCAGAGACUAUACGCCUCCAGAUCCCACACUUCUGAAAAGGCGUCUGGACAAACUGGGGUCUGUGGGACUACCUCUGUGGAUUACCGAGAUGGACCUGGUGCACCAUGACGAGAACAUCCGGGCGGACUGGUAUGACUGGGCUCUGAGGACAUACUUCAGUCACCCAGCAGUGGAGGGCGUCAUUUUCUGGGGAUUCUGGGAUCAUCAAAUGAAAAGCCCUUACGCCGCUCUUAUCAAUGGAUACAACUUCUAUGUGAACGCUGCUGGUCAACGUUACUUUGAUCUAGUCCAGAAGGAAUGGUCAACCCAUGUAGCUAAAAAUCUCUCCGAUGGAUCGUCCUUCACUGUGAACGGUUUCCAUGGAGACUAUGACAUCGUUGUGAACUACAAGGGGAAGUCCAUAAUGUACCAGGAAUUCCACCUGGGGAAAACAGAUACAACGCUUAACCUGGACAUCAGUGGCGAUGGACAUCAAGUGACACUCCCAACAACCAUUGAUCCAUUCGUGCACAUCACUCAAGCUAUUCAAGUCUCCCAUAACAACGAGCAUAUUGUUGGUAGAAUGUCAUCCAAUGCUAACAACAACGACCUCCAGUGUGUGACCCGCUCGUCCCAGGUGUCGGAGGUCGGAGAUGACAAGCCUGCAUUUGCUUCCUGCCUGAGUGACGAAGUGAUGACUAGCUGCUCCGGUUAUCACAAGGACGGAGAGUGGUACCGGGAUGGAGAGACCAUCGAGGUUAAUAAUGGCCGGGUGGCUUGUAAAUCAGUAAAUGGUUGGAGGUCAAAGCAAGGUGUUCAAGCAGUCAUCCGAUGCUGUAAGUCAAAGAACAUGCAGUGUGCAUACAGAAGCUCAGGUCCAUCUGCUAAGUCUGUUGAUGCCAGAGUGGAAACAACCUGUAUGAAUGGUGAAAUAGCCACAGGCUGUACGGCCUGGACAUGGGACUCCGAGAUGAUAGGAGCGUUUCCUUCGGACAAUCAGAAGGGAUGCACUGCCUCAAAUGAAGGCACUACCGUUGGUACGUGGUCUUAUGCUGCCUGCUGUACUGCCCCCAAACUGACCUGUAAGACGGUGGUGUCCAAACCUAGUGGUCUCAUCAAGGGAGAGAAGGCUACUGUCUCCUGUGGACCUGGUACGGAGUUACUGGGAUGCAGCGUCCGAGCCAACUAUGGAAAGUCAGCUGGGGCAUAUAUUGGAGGGACAAAGGCUAAUGGAGAACAGUGUAUUGCCGUGAAUGGAGAAGAUAAGUUUACUGGCGAAGAAGGGGUGUUGGCUGUGGCCACGUGUUGUUCGCUUAAUGGCCAAGGUGGAGGUAUCGUCGGUUAGAGUCUGUGCCUAUAUAUAUAUAUAUAUAUAUAUAUAUAUAUAUAUUUCACUGAUACUUAAGAAAGGUCAAUAAAAGCCAUAGUUUACAUGCUCA